AUGACGACCAACUCCAGCCAGUCUGAAUCCCGCCGGUGGAGCAACGAAGUCGCGCCGGACCAUAAGCAAGUGGAUCAACUACGAAAUACUCUCGACCAGACCCUCAGCCCGCCUUCUGCCGCUGCCGUGCGAGAUCCAAAUUCAAAUGUCACGCUGCGCCCACAAUACGAUGGCUCUUCUGCACCCGACCCCAGACACCUACUGCCGCAGACUCGAGGCUCUUUGGCAGCGGCUAUGAACGGCACCCUCCCAGAAGUCCCCAAGACCAUGACCGCCACCAUGGCCAACAACGACACGCCCGCGACCACGGCGCCGAGCAGUCCGCGCCUCAUGGGCAACACCUCAGCGCCGCCCAGCAGUGCAGGCUCAGACACACCCAGCCAGAAACUCCCCAUGCCUAUUCGACAGAACUCGGGAACGAGCACGCCUCGAGUACGGCCGACCACCCUCGACAUCCCUGGCUUGACAAAGAGCAAGGUAUCCCCCGAUGGUCGAAUCGCCUCGAGAGAUGUGGGAUCGAAGCUGGUCAUUGUCAUGGUUGGACUGCCCGCUCGAGGCAAGAGCUACAUCACCAAGAAGCUGGCGCGGUACCUCAACUGGCUGCAGCAUGAUACAAGAAUCUUCAACGUGGGCGAGAGGCGGCGUGUUGUGGCUGGUGGUCCAAAUAGCUUGGAGAAGACGAAGAGCCAACAACAGCGGGAAGAACUUCACACGCACCACAGACCAAGUGUUCUCGACAUUGCGAAGGCCGACCCACUGCACAACCACGACGUCAAGCAGGACAUUACUGAAAGCAAGAGCGCAGCAGAAAGGCAGCAUUCUGUGGCACAGCUGAUGCUGAACGAUGAUACAAAGAUCGACGCGCCAGGAACUCCUCCGCGCAGCGCGACAGAGACACAAGCACCAGAGAUCAAUGGGAAUACGAACCAUGAUAGAGAGACAGACGACAUCCCGCCACUUUCGCAGAGGAAGCAGAGUAUGGCGACAAUCGUUUUGUCAAGGGAUGCACCAGAGGAGCAGGCCAAGGAAGACGACCAAGCAAUGGAACAGAAUGCAUCUUUCUUCGAUCCGCAAAACAAGAGGGCUGCACAGAUUCGAGAGCAGGUGGCUCGGGAGACAUUGGAUGACUUGUUGGAUUAUAUCCUAUACGAGAACGGCAGUGUUGGCAUUCUGGACGCUACCAACAGUACCAUGGAGCGACGGAAGAUGAUCAUGAAUCGGAUUAGAGAGCGAGCUGGACCACAACUGAACGUACUCUUCCUCGAAUCGAGCUGUGUGGACCCCGAUCUCCUGGAAGCCAACAUGCGAUUGAAGCUGAACGGACCUGACUACAAGGAGAUGGAUCCGGUGAUUGCAUUGGAGGACUUCAAGAAGCGAGUGCACGAGUACGAGAAAUCGUACGUACCGCUUGGUGAAUACGAGGAAAAGAACAACAUGCCGUAUAUCCAGAUGAUCGACGUUGGCCGCAAAGUCAUCAGCCACCAGAUCAAGGGGUUCUUGAUGGCGCAAGCCAACUACUACCUUCUCAACUUCAACCUCGCACCACGACAAAUCUGGAUCACCCGACAUGGAUUGAGCAUGGACAACGUCUCGGGCAAGAUUGGCGGCGACAGCGACCUUGCGCCAGAAGGCCACCAAUACGCUCAGUCAUUGGCGAGGUUCAUGGAGCAAAAACGACAAGAAUGGGACAUGAAGCAGAUCGAGAACCUGCGGAAUACUCACUUCCCACCGCAGCCAGGAGAUGUCACCCCUCCAAAUCCCUACUUCCACCCCCAAUCGCCUGGCUCAGAAAACGGAUCAGUCGCCACCGACGCUACAGAUUUGGGCUUUGAGCCGAAAGCGUUCUGUGUCUGGACGUCUAUGCUCAAGCGCAGCAUCCAGACAGCUCAGUACUUCAAUGACGAGGAGUACGACACCAAGCAGAUGCGCAUGCUGGACGAGCUGAACGCAGGUGUGAUGGAAGGAUUGACAUACUCCUGCAUCUCAACGCAAUACCCAGAAGAGUACAAGAGCCGCAAGGCCGACAAGCUCCACUACCGAUACCCAGGACCCGGCGGCGAAGGCUACCUCGAUAUCAUCAACCGUCUGCGUCCAGUCAUCGUCGAGCUGGAGCGUAUGGAAGACCACGUCUUGCUCGUGGGUCACCGCAGCGUGGCCCGUGUUCUGCUCGCCUACUUCCGCGGUCUGAGGAGAGAAGAAGUCGCCGAUCUGGAUGUACCGAUCGGCAUGCUCUACUGCCUCGAGCCGAAGCCUUACGGAGUGGACUUCAAGGCAUACCAAUGGGACAAGGCGACAGAGUGGUUCUACGAGGUACCUGACUUCAAGCUGAGACGAGCGGAGGACGACAUGCUCUGA